CAGUUCUAUGGCAGUUGCAGCUGGGGGAGCCGUAGGCGCCAUUCUGCUCAUUUUGAUAAUCAUCAUUGUAGUCAUCAUCGUGUUCAGACGACGAAGAAAUGAUAGUAGUCUCUCUCAAAAAGAAAACACAGAGGAUCAAUUUCAGGCAUCAGCUGAUUUUCAAGACACGUCCUUAGAAGAAAAUGACUACAGCGGGCACGCCUCCAUUUUGAACCCCGACCAAACACCUCCAACGAGCACCAGACCUAAACCACCUGUGGCCAUCAUCAAGCCCAGUUUAGGGGAAACUAAUUCCUUAGACCCUGAUUCCAUCGAGGGAUCUCCUCACAGAUCUAGCAGCAAACCUCUUGCCACACGUCAACCGAUACCCGCGGCUCAGUUUCCUGCGUUCGUCAACAAGAACAGACACACUGCGCUCUUCUUCGAGGAAUUUCAUGACUUACCUGGCCCGGACAUCUAUCCUCAGACCGUGGCUCAAAAGGAGAUCAACUUAAAGAAAAACAGAUACAAGAACAUUUUACCAUAUGAUUCGGCGAGGGUGAAGUUAGAAGUAAUCGACGAUAUCCCUCAUUCCGAUUACUUUAACGCUUCUUACAUUCCUAGUUUUGACAAUGAAAAGGCUUACAUUGCAUCACAAGGACCCAACGCUGCGUCUAUGGAUGAUUUCUGGAGGAUGGUCUGGCAGGAAAAUGUGACCACUAUUGCCAUGGUAACGAAGCUCCAGGAAGGAGAUAAGAUCAAAUGCCGCCAGUAUUGGCCUAAUAAACAAGGCGAUUCGGUGAAAUUUGGAAAUUUCAAAGUGGAACUGGAGUCCCUGGAAGCAUGCACAGGUGGAGUUAAAAGGAAGAUGACGAUGAGAAAGGGUGAUGACUGUAGGACCGUCACUCAGUUUCACUUCACAGAGUGGCCUGACAAGGGUGUUCCUAAACACACCUCAUCACUGCUCAAGUUCAUCAAGGAAGUCAAAGCUGAUCAUGGGCAGUACACUCAUCCUCUGAUCAUCCAUUGCAGUGCUGGUGUUGGACGAACAGGAGUGGUGAUCAGUAUUGAUAGCGUCGUAGCUCACGCCAAGAAAACUAGAAUGGUAGAUGUCUUCAACUUCGUGACGAACAUCAGACGGAAACGACCAUACAUGGUCCAAACAAAGGAGCAGUAUGCCUUCAUCUACGGGGCUGUCCUUGAGGAUCUUCUCUGGAGGAAUACCCUGAUCCCUGUCAUUCAUUUCACUGAUCAUCUACAAGACUUACACACUUCGGUUGAUGGAAAUGGACGGUCCAAGAUGAGCAAGGAGUUCCAGACUUUGCAGAGCCUCUGUCCAGAUCCUCCAGCUUCCCAAACAAGAUCCGGACUCACUCCAGAUAAUCUUUCCAAGAAUAGAUACGGAAACAACGUACCAUUGGAGAGAAACCGUGUGAUACUAGACUCCCCAGAGCAUGAUUACAUCAAUGCUAGUUACAUGAAGGGAGUCCACUGUACCUUCAUGACAACCCAGAUGCCGCUGCCAACCACUGUGUCUGAUUUCUGGUCUAUGGUCCUCAAAUAUAAACCAUCCACUAUCGUCAUGCUGAAUGACAAGAGCCAAAACGACAAGAGCUGUGCACAAUACUGGUCUGACGAUGACUCGGCUCAGUUCGGAUCCUUUUCAGUUUCGACCUUGUCAACGUCAUCUGAUGGAGACAUGACCACUCGGCAACUUAAAGUUUCCAGAAACUCCAAAGCCAGUCACACCGUCACUCAGUACCAGUUCCAUGGAUGGCCUAAACAUGGAUCAGAUCAACAAUCAGGGGCUAGAUCUUUGCUCAAGCUCAUCCGUGCUGUCAAAGGUUCUACUAACAGCAAGAAAGAAUUCUCCAUUCUUGUUCAUUGUUUGAGUGGUGCUGGGCGAACAGGUGUGUUAUGUACUGCUAUGGAGUGCAUCGCUCAGGUAGCUGAGGGAAAUUCCGUCGAUAUUUUCCAGACAGUCAAGAUGCUGCGAGCUGACAGGAUGCAGUCUGUUCAAACCGGGGAGGAAUAUGCUUUCAUCUACGAUGUAAUCCGUGAAUACCUGCACACUGAAAACUAUGAGCAGCGUCCAUACCCGAUAGAGGACCACACGUACGGCAAUGUAGAGGCCGACUACACACUUGACCCGGAAGAGAACCUGUAUGAGGUCACAGAUUCGCAGGAUGCAGCUAGCGCCGCCGAACUCGUGUAUGACAAUGUGGAGACUGAGAGGAGCCAGGACAGACCGAAGCCAAAACCUCAACAAGCGUACCGUGCAUAUGAGAACUUUGCAUUUGAAUCUUAAAUUCGUAUAGCUUUGCGUUGGUUGAAUGGUGCUAUGUGUAUAUAUACGAGAACUUUGCAUUUGAAUCUUAAAUUCAUGUAGCUUUGCGUUGGUUGAAUGGUGCUCUGUAUAUGAGAACUUUGCAUUUGAAUCUUAAAUUCAUAUAGCUUUGCGUUAGUUGAAUGGUGCUCUGUAUAUGAGAACUUUGCAUUUGAAUCUUAAUUUCAUAUAGCUUUGCGUUGGUGGAAUGGUGCUCUGUAUAUGAGAACUUUGCAUUUGAAUCUUAAAUUCAUAUAGCUUUGCGUUGGUUGAAUGGUGCUCUGUAUAUGAGAACUUUGCAUUUGAAUCUUAAAUUCAUAUAGCUUUGCGUUGGUUGAAUGGUGCUCUGUAUAUGAGAACUUUGCAUUUGAAUCUUAAAUUCAUAUAGCUUUUCGUUGGUUGAAUGGUGCUCUGUAUAUGAAAACUUUGCAUUUGAAUCUUAAAUUCAUAUAGCUGUGCGUUGGUGGAAUGGUGCUCUGUAUACCAGAGCUUUGCAUUUGAAUCUUAAAUUUGUUUAGCUUUGCGUUGGUUGAAUGGUGCCUUGUAUAUGAGAACUUUGCAUUUGAAUCUUAAAUUCAUAUAGCUUUGCGUUGGUUGAAUGGUGCUCUGUAUAUGAGAACUUUGCAUUUGAAUCUUAAAUUUGUUUAGCUUUGCGUUGGUGGAAUGGUGCUCUGUAUAUGAGAACUUUGUAUUUGAAUCUUAAAUUCAUAUAGCUUUGCGUUGGUGGAAUGGUGCUCU